AUGAAGAAGAGCUCUACCAAGACGAUUAACAAGCGCUCUGGUUUCUUCUACGGGUCUUCAGAUGGGCACCCUAUCGUAUGGAACAACGACUGGAACUCGCUCAUCCAAAAGGAGGUGGCGGCUCGCGACGAAUUUUCUCGCAAGUUCAUGACAGGUAAGAUCCGCCCACAGCCUCCUGUGUAUGCAGACAUCAGCAUGGACAACACCAACUGGAACAGCUUACUGCGCUCCACGUACUCAGAUUUAGGGCGAUGGGGGGAUGAGACGUUUCGGGAGUCAGUUCCUCACAAGGUGCUGAAGAAGGAGGCAGAGCUUCCUUCCCUUCCUGGCACGCCCGAGCGAACCGACAGGCUGUCUGAGUUCGCCUACAAACAUGCGCGGUGA